AUGGCUCCAAUGCCACCUAUGCCUUCAACAACCUUACCCAAAGACGAAAGUGAAUGGCGCUUUCACGACACUGGGUACCCAAGUGAAUGGGUCGAAAUGUAUCGAUCUAGUGGGUUCCAUCCAAUUAACCUGGGCGACACCUUCAAAAAUGGACAGUAUCGAGUCAUCCGGAAACUAGGCUAUGGUUCAUUUUCAACUGUGUGGCUGGCAAGAGAUGCAGUGUUGGUCACAAUCGUUAGACCCCUUGCUCUUAGAUCUCCAGAACUGAUUCUGGGUGGAAAGAUCGGUUCGAGUAUCGACAUCUGGAGUUUUGGCUGUCUCAUCUUUGAACUGCUGACCGGAGUUUCGUUAUUUUCUGUUGUGGUGUAUUUCGAAGACGACCGAGAGUCCACCGACGAUGAGCAUAUACUCCAGAUGAACGACAUCCUAGAGCCGCUUCCGGAUGUCUGGCUUCAAAAAACGUGGACGCGAGCCAGAAAAUAUUUCGGCCCCGAGCGGGAGAGGCUGGGUCCAAUUGCCGAUGGUCAAAACGAGCCGUAUGUCGACGACCCUUUGGAGUUGCGAUUAAAGGAGUAUAAGCCAAAGGAUAUCGACGAGGAGGCAGGUGUGAUCACGUCGCUCAUUCGAAGUAUUCUGAGGUAUGAGCCAUCACAGAGAUCGACGGCCGAGGAACUCUUGAAGCAUUCUUGGUUUCAUGAAUGA